UUCCCCAACAUUUUGUGACUGAAGAAGACAAUGUUUGCUAUCAGCAAAGGAAUUUAAGAAUGGAACAGGAGGAACCAGAACCUCCUCAGGUGAAAGAGGAACAGGAGGAACCAGAACCUCCUCAGGUGAAAGAGGAGCAGGAGGAACCAGAACCUCCAAAUAUUAAAGACGAGCAGGAGGAACCAGAUACCCCGCAAGUUAAAGAGGAGAAAUGGGAAGUACCACAACUUCUACUGACAAAACAGGAGCAAGAAGAGUUCUGCAUCAGUCAGAAUGAAGAGCAGCUUGAUCUGAAGCAGGAGACUAAAACCUUGAUUGAGAUUCCUACUUUUGAUGAACAUGUUCACAGUGAAGCAGAUCUAAACAAUCAGCAGAGCUUUAAUGGAACUGAUAGUCAGAAUGAAGAAGGAAACCAACAUGAAGAAUCCACAUCAAAUGCAGAUGAAGAGACAGAGCCACAGAACAGAGAUCAGAGGAAGAGAAGAGACAGAAGUCAUGUCCAAUCUUCAAACAAGAGACUUGUAAAGUCUGAUGAACGCUCAAUAACUCAUGAAGGAGAGAAGCCUUUUCUGUGUAAAGAAUGUGAUAAAAGUUUUCAUUUUGUCUCUAAUCUCAGAACACACAUGAGAACUCAUACAGGAGAGAAGCCUUUUUUGUGUAAAGAAUGUGAUAAAAGUUUUCGUUUUGUAUCUAAUCUCAAAACACACACGAGAACUCACACAGGAGAGAAGCCUUUUUUGUGUAAAGAAUGUGAAAAAAGUUUUAAUCAAAUAUCUCAUCUUACAAAACACAUGAGAACUCACACAGGAGAGAAGCCUUUUUCUUGUACACAAUGUAACAAAAGUUAUAGAAACAGGUGGGAUUUAAAAAAACACAUCAGAAUUCAUACUGCAGAGAACCCCCUUUUUUUUGUAAAGUUUGUGCAAAAAAAUGUAAGUCUGUGCAAGAACUUAAAAGGCACAUGAACUCAUACUGUAGAGUUGCCUUUUGUGUAUAAAAUGAAGCAUGAUUUUUAAUUGAACAUUUAAGCUCAAUCCAAAUACUUUCCUUCUCCCUCUCUCUUAGCCCCCCUCCCCUUCAGUCACCCCUCUGUGCUUGCUCCAAAUGGAGGGUGAUGACAACACAGUGUUUAUUAAUUUGGUUGUGACUUUUUUCGAUGAUGUCAUCAAUGUC